AUGACCAAACCAUGGGAUCUACACGAAGCUACUAUCAAAAAAUUGUACGCAGAAAACACGCUGGCCGUGGUUCGGAAAACCAUGAUUGACAGAUACAACUUCCAAGCCUCGACACGCGCGUACAGAGGGCGACUGAUAAAAUGGGGCGUUCGGAAGUAUAAUUGCAGGAGACGAAGCGAGAGCGCUUCAAUAUCAGUAUGCAGCCCAGGUGGCUCCAUGAGCAGAUCCAAUUCCGCUUCUCCGCCUCUGAGUCCACCUCUGAGUCCACCUCUGUCUCAACCAAGUGUUGAGACACCGACCGAAUUUGUAGGAUACUCUUCGGGUCAUGGGCAGAUGAGGGACAACCAGCCUAGAAUGUCGAACAUCGUGGGACACACGUAUAAUACAAUGAACAUAGAGACGCCCAGAACUUAUACGCAGAGCUAUGACAGAAAUACACAUGAUGUGAGCGGAUGGCCCAGUUCGUCGACCCCAUCGGCGUCUCCUCCGACAAACUUUGCCCACGUCAACACAACUAUCUCAGGACCUCUUUACGGGUAUCAGCCACUGUCGCCACCUGAGAGUACUUUUUCCUCCAUGACAUAUGAGUCUGAGCACACUAGCUGUGAUAGACGGCAAAGCUACCCACUGAUGCAAGAACGUCAAUACAGCACUACGAACAGUGGCUCGAGCUAUCUCCCAAUACAUGGUUACGCGCAAGGACAGCGUUCCGCCAGGAUUGGGUCCUUUGAGAAUAUAUCUGAUCUUGAACGUCAAAAACGACGCCGUUAG